GGUAGAGGGUUCACCAUGGCUCCUCUCUCGGCGACAAGGAGUCGUCUUCCUGUGAGAGCGAUGGGUUGCACGAUGAUCUUGGUCGUGUUAGCCCUUUCAAUCUUGGGCAAAUGCGAUGCGUGGUUGGGAAGUUCAUCGUCCUGGUUCGGUGGAUCUCCGCAAGUGAAAGAGUCCAACGAACAAAGAGACACCUCGUCUCACGGACGAAAUGCAGCUAAAGGAGGAGCAGCAGGAGUAGGGGGAGGAGGAGGAGGAGGAGGAAGAGGAGGAGGAGGUAGAGGGGUUGGGAGUGCAGAGGUGGAAAGGUUUGAAUCAGAUAGUAUGAUGGCUGUGGUUUCCCCGAGAUCGAAGACCGACGCAAGGGUGCGUGUGGAGGAGAUGUUGGCCCGGGCAGAGGACGAUCAGCAGCAUUCUUGCUGGCGGGAGGCGUACGUGCAGUUGUCGUCGAACUGCCGAUCGAUCUUGAGCGAGGAAUCGAGCAAGGCACAGUUUGCUCUGCUAAUUACCAACUGUUAUCUUGAGAGCUCAGGGAGGAAGAGUGUGAAUUGUUGGACCGGUGAGCCGGUGGAAGACUGCACGAAGUCCAUGGAUGAGCACACGUUCGCUAUCUACACGGAGUUCUUCCUCGACACAGCGCACACGUGUCAUCACCUCCAGAGCGAGGUGUUCAAGCUGGAGACGGAGCGCAGCGUGAACGAGCUUAAGGCGAGUGCUGCUUGGGCCGGCGAGACGGUUAGGGAGAUGGCAGGCAGAUCGGAGGAGAUCCUCGAUCGCGUCCACCAAUCAGCUGCCAUUCAAAAACGUUUUUCGGAGGAGCAGAGGACGAUCCACGGGCGCGUGCUCGAUAAUCAGCGGGAGAUCUUGGCCGCGCAGUCGAAUCUGAAGAGCGGAGUCGCCGCCGCCACUAAAGAGAUCGCCGCCCAGGCGCUCAACGUGACCGAACGAAUCACGCAGAACGUCACUUCCGGCAUCAGGGAAGCAGUUGCAGGGCAAGAAAAGCUGCUGGCUGGACAGAUGGAGAUGGCGACAAGGCAGAAGCAACUGAUCGAAGGACAGGUGGCAGAGAUCCAGGCCAUGAUGCGGUUGAGAGAAGCGCAGAAUGAGGCUUUGUCGGAGACCCGAUCGUCUCUGUCCGCACUAGGCGGGCAGGUGCAGAAUCAUCAUGAGCAGUCUGCUUUGUGGCACUCCGAAGCCAGGCAGUACAUGGAGGACAGCCGAUCUACUCUCUUGCAACUGCACGACACUGCGAAAGAGCAUUACUCUCAAGCUGCCACGUGGCACGCUGACGUCGACAAGAUGAUGCAGGACAGCGGGCGGUCGCUCUCUGCGAUGAGAGACGAGGCGCGAAGUCAUCAGAAGGAGUCUGCCACGUGGCACGACGAGACUUCGCAGCUCCUUCGCGAUAGCCAGUCGUCCUUGUCCGCGGUGAGGGAUGAGGCGCGGGACCACCAUCUGCGGAGUGCCACGUGGCAUCAAGAGGCGCAGGAUCUGAUGAGAGGAACGCGAUCCUCGCUGGAGGGGCUGCGAGACGAGGCGAGAGAGCAGUAUCUGCAGAGCGCCACGUGGCACCACGAGGCGCAAGAUCUCAUGAAGGGUACUCAGUCUUCGUUGGAGGGUCUUCGUGACGACACCAAGUCGUCGUUCGAGUUGCUUCAGAAGGAGGCGCUCGAUCACCGCCAGCAGCUCGGGCAUAUCAGGGACGAAGCGCGGGACCACCACGUGCAAACUGCCACGUGGCACGAGGAGGAGCAGGCUUUGAUCGAAGCUGCGAAGUCAUCGUUGGAAGGGUUGCGCGAGGAGGCGAGGUCGUCGUUCGACGUCUUGCAGAGCGAAGCGCGGGAGCAUCACCAGCAGAGUGCCACGUGGCACGGCAAAGUCCAGCAUCUCAUGGAGGAGAGCCGAUCGUCUCUGGAGCUCGUGCGGAAGGAGGCGCAAGAUCACCACGUGCAAUCUGCCACGUGGCACCAAGAAGCACAGAGCAUGAUGCAGGACAGCAAGUCGGCCUUGGAGUCGGUGCGCAGCGAAGCGCAGGAGCACCAUCUGCAAUCUUCGAGUUGGUACAAGGAAGCGCAAGGCAUGAUGAAGGAAAGCCGGGAUUCCUUGCAAGUGGUGCGGGACGAAGCUCGGGACCACCACGAUCAGUCGGCCACGUGGCAUCGGGAGGCGAAGGAGCUGAUGGACGAGAGCAGUUCGUCUCUGAAGGUCCUUCGAGAGGAGACGAAAGAGCACCACGAGAUUACUGCCACGUGGCACUCGGAGAUGCGUCUGACGCACGAAGAGCUGCUGGACUCACAGAGGGGGUUGUCGAGGAGCGCCAAGGAGAUUGCCCGUGCACAGGAGGCCUUCGUCGAGAAGCAAGCGGGGGUGCUCUCCGUGUUGGACCAGUUAUUCGUGUCCGUCGAUCACGUGAUUGCCUUGUGCAACGGGAUGAUCAUGGACUCUUUCUUGUUGAAGAGCGUGCUGUUCUAUUCAGCAUCCGCCGUGCUGAUUCAUUGCGUAACCAGUGUGCCUAGGACUCACUCUGCACGCUUCGCCUUGUACGUAGCUAUGGUGGCAUGCCUCGCCGUGGAAUGGUGGUGGGUUCGAUGGGUCACCCCCUCCCCCCGUAGUACUACCCCCCUAGGAGGAGGAGGGGGGGGACAAAACGCCGGCUUGGACAGCAUCAAGGGUAUGGGAGGAGGAGGAAGAGAGGGGGUCAUGAGUCAGUGCCACUCCAUUCGUUAUCGCACUCGCAUGGCUUUCGUCUUUGGCGGCGUUCUUAUAUUGGCAUACUCUGCUCUAACGUAUAGGGAUUACUCGGCGUUGAGCUACCAGAUGUUGCUGCACGUGCAGCAGAAGCUAGAUGCACACACAAGGAACAUGGAAAAGAUGAUGACUCAUCAGAAGCGGAAGCAGCAAAAGCAGCAAGAGAAGGAGGAGGAGGAGGAGGGGUCGGCCGGAAGAAUGGCGAUCGUCACAAGACGUAAUAUGGAGGAGGAUGAGAGCAAUAGAGACGCACUGGCAGUUAGCAAGAGGAAGACGACAACAGAUAAGAAGAGGUGGUACAAAGAUGGGGGGGGGUACACGGAUCUGGCGAGGCUCGAUCCGUCGUGGAAGAUGAACACAGAGAAAGGAGAGGUGGAGGAGGAGGAGGAGGAGGAGGGUGGAGGGCAAUACUUGCUUCCCAGGACCUGCCACGUGGCCCUUUCUAAUCGGUGUGAGAGGAGGCGAUGCACCCCAGGACCUGAUGGCCGCCUCCUGUUUGGGGGAGGAGGGGGGGUAUUUGGCCCUUCUUCCGCUUCUGCCGCUGCUGCAGGUGCUCCCCCCUUUCCCAUCUUCAACGGCUAUGUCGAUCCUAUGGGGUACGAUAACGACGAAGACGACGAUGACCCAGAUUAUAAACCACCUCCCACUGCUUCUCUCUUUCUCCUCGAUCAGCCAGCCAGCCGUGCGAGGAGGGGGGAGGAUGGGAAGGGGGAGGGGGCUUGGAAGUCCGCCUUCGCUGCUAAUAAGGACGAGAGCGCUAGGGAUCACUUCGAUGCGUGCAGUGUUGGCACGACGGCGGGUGUGACAAGUGUCGCAGGCUCGUCGCCCUACAACUUGAGGUCGUCUGCUCGAAAACUUGGCCGCCCGGUCGCUCAGUCUGCGGUCGCCCUGGCUUGGGAGUCGCCGACCGACUUCACCAAGCUCGUGCACAUGAAUGCCUUGUACCGAAUGUGCGAGGCUAGCAAACUCUUUCAAGAGGGUGAAGACGACCCGGGCAGCGACAGCACGGGAGGAGAGGACUCGGACGUGGCAGAGAGCGAGAGCUUUGUUCCUGACGAAGAGGAGGAGAAGGAGAAGGGAGUGGAGGGUAAUGAUAGGUGGGGGAGGAGGAAUGAUGGUGAUCAGGUGGGGAUCUCGAGAGAAGGGGGGGGGCGGUUGACACGACAGGAGGAGGAGGAGGCCUCGCAUCGUGCGACUAAGUUCACAUAUGUGACCCCUCCCCCCGCCCCCACCCCCGCCCCCCUCAUUUCCUCGUUGCCUACCUCAUCAGCUAACAAAGGUCACCAUUGGAUCACCCAAGAGCCAUCGGCAUCUGUAUGCGUGUCCAGUAGAGGUGGUGUAGGCAAUAAGAGAGAUCGAAGGUCUCGUCGUGCUGCUGCUGAUCCCUCCAGAGCGACGGCGUACUCUUCCUCAUCGACCGAGGCCCCGUCAGCAAAGGUCAGACGAAGGAGGUCUCCCUCUCCCGUCUCCUCCGUUCAAACCUCUAGUAGAAGGUAUAAGACCCGGAGUUGCAGCCGACAUAACUCCGACUCGAUCGAAUGAAAAAGAGAAGACGAAAGAAAAGAAGAGAGAGAGAGAGAGAGAGAGAGAGAGAGAGAGAGAG